GGUUUUAUAAAAUUUGCUUACAUUCUUUUUGGUUUUAUUUUGUUUUAAGUAUAAAAACUAUAUAAACUUUUAAUGAAUGACAGUUUAGUAAUUAUUCGUGAAACUUAAAUAAAAGUUACACAUGUAUCGAAAAGCCUAAUCUAGCUUAACUUUUUGUUCGGCAUCCUAUUUCUUGUGCUGGUUGUUAUGUUCUUAAGUUUGCAAUGAAGAAAUAUAACUACGAGGUUCAAUAGUAAACUCAGGGAGUCCAACGCUCGGGGAAUAAAUAAAAAUAACAAGUGCCUGCAUCAAUGCAUGCUGAUGAAAUGCUUUUAUACUACCUGUAAACAGAACAUUUCAAUGGAUCAAAGCAUUGUAAAUAUGGCAUACGAACGUUACGGCAUACUUCUUCAAAAUGAACAAUACGAAGAAGAUAUAGUCAACGCAAAAGGCAUUCAAGCAGUAAACGUCCAUAAUAAUAGCAACGACGGUAUACAGCUAAGCAAUCACAUCAACUUGCACAACAAUAAAGUAUUUGAAUCAGUUAUUCAGUCAGAACCAAAAGAAAGUAAUAACGCAGGUUAUUCUAAUGUAUGUCAAAAGGCGCUCUUAAAACCUGAAGUUAUAUUUUCCUCUAAAAUAAAGAAGAAUACCAACUUUGGAUAUCAAAUGAAUAUCAAUUGUUAUAAGAAUAUCGGCUAUGAGGAAAAUCAAAAAAUUUCAAAGGACGUGACACAUAGCCUGCCAAGCAAUAGCAAUGCACCAGAAGAGUUAGGUACUGUCAGCAGAACUUCACCUUUCAUGGUCUCAGAUACAGCAAUACUUACUUCAACUGGGAAAUCAAGACGGUGGGAGCAAAAGCUGGUUCAAAUUAAAACUAUGGAAGGGGAGUUUAGUGUUACAAUGUGGGCAUCCGGAAUAUCUGAUGAUGAAUACUCCGGAUCAGACCAACAUGCUGGCGAUUCAGAUUUUUUGAAAGGAAAAAACAUUGAUUUUGAUCAUGGCACGUCCCAGCGAACGAAAGAUAUAGAGCAGGUUGAAUCUGUAUUACAGGAAGAUGUAUUUAUUCAAGAACCUCAGGCAAUUGAAAUGCAGCCACACUCUAUUCCAAUCAUAAAACAGUUCACGAAAGAGGAGGGAGUUUUUUCUAGAGAAAAUAAUAUUUCCACAAAGGUUCAAAGUAAAUCAUCAUUAAGUUUCGAAGAUCCCAUUUUGAUUUCGGAUUCCUCAAGUAUACAGCUGGUGAAUGAAACUACCGGCAUGACAAUUGAUAAUCCUGACAAUACUGGCGAUCUGCACACAUUGACUAGCUCAGUGGCAUUUGGUCUUAGCUCACAGGAAAGACAACAAACUGAUUGUUUAUCAACACCAUCACAACUACCAUACCACGGCAUUACAGGACCAAAUGGAAGCUCUGAUUCAAGUUUUAAUCUUUCCGAUGUCCCAGUGUCCCAUCAAAAUGAUAAAAAAAUAGCUUGUCCCCAUAAAGGUUGCCAUAAAAAUUUCAGAGACUCGUCUGCGAUGCGCAAGCAUUUGCACACUCACGGUCCUCGUGUUCAUGUUUGUGCAGAAUGUGGGAAAGCUUUUGUAGAAAGUUCCAAGCUUAAAAGACAUCAGUUGGUUCACACAGGAGAAAAACCAUUUCAGUGUACGUUCGAGGGAUGUGGAAAACGAUUUUCUUUGGAUUUUAACUUAAGAACUCAUGUAAGAAUACAUACUGGAGAUAGGCCAUUUGUUUGUCCAUUUGAUGCCUGCAAUAAAAAGUUUGCUCAAUCCACAAAUUUAAAAUCACAUAUAUUGACUCAUGCGAAAGCAAAGAAGAAUACCAGCAUUUCACGGAAAAUUGGUUGUUCAAACCUUGAGUCAAACAGCCAAAGUGAAGAUAAUUCUACAGGUUAUAUUAAGGUGGAGUUACGAGAUGGCGUUUCAGAAAACCAUGCCCCCUUUGUGGUGUAUGCAGACUAAAACUUAAUAUCAAUCCAUUACCAAUGCCACCUCGGUCAAAAAUGGGAUGUAUACUAAAAACAAUUUGUUUUUAGGACUCUCUCAUUAUUCUCAGAGUAUGCUGUGUACAAAUGAAAUAAAAAUGAAAUCAUUUUUUUUUGUA